UUGCUACCUCAUCCCUAUUCUACCGCCGAAAAAAAAGCGACGCGCAUAAUUUCGAACAACAACGGACGCGUACAGAGUCAGAAAACAAGAAGAAAAAAAAUAACACAAUACAGACAGCAAAAAAAAUUGUACAGUGCUAGUAAAAAAUACAAUAAUUAGAGUGCGCGCAAUAAAUCUUCGCAUUCACAGCACCAUUAGCAGCGGCAUCAUCAUCAGCAGCAACAAAAAUGGACCCCUUCACUCAGCACAUGCUCGAAAAGGCGGAACAGCGCAGUCGCGCGCUCGGCAUCAGCAACGCCAGCAAAUUUCCCUUGACCGAGUGCAGCGUAGCGUCAUCGUCGGCGGCCACAAAUUUGGGACCCACGAAGCCCACGCCCAACAGGAGUCACUCACCAGCAGGCCAAAGUGUCAGCAGCAGCAGCGGAAAAGUUGUGAUCCUGGACAAGGCAAUGUUGGAGGCAUCGCCGACCAAGCCGGCCCGUCACUAUACGGCCGUCAACAAAGAAAACAUGGAAAUGGGCAUCGAGAUAAACAUUACAUCAGCCAAGGCAAUUGGGGUGCAAGUUGAAAUUCAAGAGCAAGAUGUGACGGAUGACGAGGACACGAUUGGCGAUGCUGUCGACAACCCAGUUCAGGCCAUCAAUCAACCGUUGGCACGAUUGCGGGACACCUCGAGGAGUCAAUUGAAGCGCAUGGGUGACUUGUACUCCAACACUACUGACCUGUCCUCCCCCAUCCAUCGUACGGAGGCGCAGUUCCAUGCAGGUGACGACGACUACGACUCGAAUCGCUGUCCCCGUCAGGGCAAACAGCGAUUGGGAAAACUGGCUGCACUGGCCGACACCAUUAACCAGUGGGAGGACGACACAGCGCAUCAUGAUGUGCACAGACCAAUUGAAGCAGUGGCAAUGGCCCCACCCAAACCCGAUUUGCCCAGCCGGCGUGGAGAGAAAGGACCUGCCCCACAACCGCCUAAGCGAGAAGAGGUCGACGAAGGCGGCAAAACAAAGCAACUGAAAUGGGAUCCCAAGGUACUGAGCUCAUUGGAGGCCCAAGGUUUUCAGCGCCGUGAUUCGUCCACCAUUAAACAUACCUAUGAUUAUGCCAAACAGGGAGAGGCGGCACCAACUGCCACUGCCACCGCCAAGCCACCAGUUCCCGAUAAAUCGACGACGGUCAGCAAAGUGGCCAAGACAUUCGGGUCCACCGCUGCGGCGACGGUAUCCACGAAAACUGGGGCGAGUGUCAAGUCCGGGUUGGUCUCCGGGCGUGCAGCCAUCUUUGAAAAUAGGACGAGUGCUGGAGGGCAGACGCAAGGAGGACGCUUCCAAAAAGAUCCAUGCGAGCUGUCGCUGAAGGAGCGCAUGAAGCUGUUCGAAACUGGCAACAACAAAGCCAUGCUGCCGAAGGCUCCAAUAGGAUCUGCACCCAGUAUCAGCCAGAUCAGGCCCGAGGAGUCCAAGGCCUAUGUUGCUGCUGUGCAUCCUGUAACAGCGGCUGCUGUCUCUUCCACUGUGAGCGCUGUGGCGUCUCACAAGCCCAAGCCAGAGAGCAAGUUGCGCGACAAGGUGGCCGCGCUUGUAGCCAAUGCCCAGUCCAGUGCGGAGAGCCGCAUCAAGGAUAUUGAUCGGCAGCGUCAGGAAGACAUGCAAAUCAUUGCGAAUCGCUUCAACAAACAGAAGGAACUCUUUGUUCCGCAGCCAGCGGCAAGGGCGACAGCGACACCAGCGUCAGCGUCAGUACCAGUGACAGUUCCCAGUAAGGUGGCACGGCCCAUGCCGCCGCCGCCACCGCCCCCCAUGUCUGGGCUCUCUCCUGCCCCAGCCAGCAGCAAGAGGCGCUCACCUGGUGAUGCGCCAAUUAUUGACGAGGAGUCGAAACGCGCUCGCAAAUCGAACUCUGAGCGUCUCUAUCCUGCACUCUCCGACCUCGACUCUAGUGGGGACAACUGCUGUGCGACGGAAACAGCCACAGCCACCGACGACAGUGAUCGACAGGAGGAAGACGAAACUGAAAGUUGCAUGGAUGAGUCGGAGGACCAGUCGCAGACUGAGGACAGCAGCACCGGCAUGUGCAAUGGCAGCCUGGGUCGCGAGAUAAUGAACGCAGUGCAGCGCAAUGAGGCGGAGAUCCAGCAGCAGCAGCAAGGCAAGAAGACUGUGCGCUAUGCCGAUCAGGAUUUCUACUACAACCACGAGGGUCAGGAGGACAGUUCGAUUAACUCGUCGCAGGUCUCAGCGGGAAUUGAUGACUAUCUGGAUGAGGCGCUUGUCGAAGACUAUGGAAGCACUCAGGAUGAUGACAGCGAUGGCGGGGACGGGCACAACUCCAGCCACCUGUCGCUGGGCAGCAAGGGCACAACUGCCUCGAACAGCUUCUCCUUCCGAAAGACCCCGGCUUGCCAGCCUAUUGGCGAGCAUCAGGAGCUCAUGGACGUGCAGACGCCGCUUCUGAGCGGGGCCCAACCGGUCAGGUCGGAGCUGAGCGUGAACCAGGAUAACGACAAUCUGGUCACCCUGGUCCACACAGUGAGCUUCUAUCGGCGACAGCAGAGUGCAAAUAGCUCCAGCUCUACACCAGUGCGCAAGAUAUGUCGCGAACAGCAGGUGAUGCGAUCGGCUUUGGCUGGCGACUGCCAUGCCAAGCACAAGCUGGAAUAUGACUCACCUCAGCAUGGAGACAUGGUGGAUGCAGUCGCGGGAGCCAUUAUGGACGAACACACCGAUGACGAUGACGAGGAGCUGCAGAAUGUGCGCGAUUCCAAUGAUGCCACCCAGGCGCAGGACAAGAUCAAAAAGUUGUUGAGCGAGGUGUGCAAGCAGCAGCAGGUCAUUGGCCAGGCCAGUCAGGCUCUGAAUCUGUGCGCAGCUACCGUGGAGUUCUCCGGCUCCACAGAGUCGGUAGAGGGAGAGCGGUAUCUGUUGCUGGCAACCCAUCGCCGACAGACCUGUCUGGAUGAGGUACAGCGUUUGCGUGUGGAAAACAGCGUCCGACCCGUGGGUGCACCAAAGGAAAAGGGAUUGCUGACUGUCAAGGACAUUACCAUUCCGUUGCGGCAUGAGUACCUGCGCAAAAUGGCCUCGGGCAGCAUCAAUGGCCAUCAUCUCGUUUGUCUCCUCAAGUACAACGAACACGUGCUGGCCACCAAGACGGUGCCGACCAUGCCCGGACUGGUGUCCGUUAAGUUUCCCGAUGUUCUCCAGCUAAACAAUGUCUACGCAGACUUUCGGAUCACGCUGGAAAUCUAUGGAAUGCUGGCCCAACGGGAUCAGCUGCCACACGACCUCAAGUACCACAUAAAUCUGAACAAGAAGGGCGGCGUGAAGACGCCAAAGAAGAAGGGAGGCGAGAAUCGCUUGGUUAUGCCGCCAGUGCAGAGUCCGGCCGGGCCGCAUGUGGUGCGAACGCCUCAGCUGGUGCAAUAUGGGUUCGCCAUUUUCUCGCUGCGAGAGAUACAGCGCACCAGCUGGACGCUGACCCAAGUGCUGGGCGUCAGCCCUCUGGAGGGUGUCGUCCACAUGAAGGUCAACUGUGAGCUGUCCGUGAGCGUGGAGUACAAGGGAUUCCUCACCAUGUUCGAGGACAUAUCCGGCUUUGGGGCCUGGCAUCGCCGCUGGUGCUAUCUAAAUGGCUCCGUGGUCAACUUCUGGAAGUACCCGGACGAUGAGAAGAAGAAGACGCCCAUGGGCAGCAUAGAUUUGCAUGCGUGCAGCUCACAGAAGGUCACCACCGCGCCGCGCGACAUCUGCGCCCGCCUUAACACCAUGCUGCUGGAGUGCGAGCGCCCGGCCAAGGACACGGACGAAGAGUCGCUGGUAAUAGUGCCCAACGGACGCACCACCACAGUCCGCCACCUCCUCUCCGCCGAUACCAAGGAGGAGCGCGAGGAGUGGUCCGCUUACUUCAACAAGGCCCUGACUCUGCUGCGAGCCUGGGGGCCCACCCACUGAUAGGGGAACGGGACCACAUUUGACAUGGACCACCGCCAACAUUUGCAAUUGCUGCCACCACUGCCCCCUGACCCCUGACGCAGACAGGGUGGCCUCUUUAAAGUUUUCUCUUUUUAAGUUUUUUUAAUGUUCUAAUUUGCAUUGCGUUUGGCUUUUUUUUUGUUUUUGCGUUUCCAUGUUCUGUUUCCAUUUGAAAAUCCUUCGUAUUCUACUGGCACAUGUUUGUGUCCGAGUUAUAUAUCUAUAAAGUAUUGUUCAAAUACCUUUUACAUGUACGUACGACUAGACCCCAUGUAGAACGUAUUUCUUUAUACAUAUUGCCUUUAGGAUGUGUCCCAAAAUAUAUAUAUUUUUGUAAAUCCCA